AUGCAUACUUUCGUAAUACAUCUCAAUAUAUACACACUCUGGUUUAUAUUCAUAUCAAGGAGCUCUUCAGCUAUCGAUUACCGAUACGAGGCUUGCGGGCCGAGAAGCUGCGGCAACGGCCCGAACAUAAGCUUCCCUUUCUACAUCAAAGGCCUCCAAAAACCUUACUGCGGCUUCCCCGGAUUCAUGCUCAACUGCACCAGCAACGGAUUCCCAUCUCUUCACAUCUCCGAAACCAAAUUCAUAGUGAAGGAGAUUUUCUAUGAAACUCGAUCUCUCCGCGUCGUCGAUUCUGCAGCGCUGAAUUCCGACAGCAAUGGCUGCGUUCCGACAAUCAGAAACGUGUCGAUUCCGACAGCGCAAUUCGAUUACGGUGAAAACGUGACGAAACUCCGCUUCUUCUCCAACUGCAGCGACUCGAUGUUUGAGGGUGGUGUUGGCUGCGAUGGAGGGGGGAGGAUCGUGCCGAUGUAUGAAGGGGAUGAGUUGGUGGGAGAUGCGCUCGGGAGGUGUGGGAGGAAUACGGUGGCGGCGGUGGAGGGUGGUGGGGAGGUGGUGGAGGUUUUGAGGAGAGGUUUUGUGAUGAAAUGGAGAGCGAGUGAUUGCAGCGAGUGCGAGCGGAGUGGGGGGCGGUGCGGCUUCAACGAGACCAUCUACUUGUUUAGGUGCUUCUGCCAGAACCGGCCGCGAUACCGAUCGUGCAGAUCCUGUGAGUUGGAUUUUGGAAUUCAAUUGGUGACAGCUAUAUUCGGAGGUGCAGUGUGCCUUCUUGUCUGCAUGUUAAUCGCAUUCUUGAUCUGGCAAUGCAAGAAGAGAAGAUCGAAAAGUGGACCCCAAACCCCAAAUUCAGACAUUGAGGAAUCUAGAAGCUUCUACUUGGGCGCCAAGAUAUUUUCCUAUAGAGAACUAAUGGUGGCCACAGAUUCCUUCAGUUCAUCAAAAGAAGUUGGAGACGGAGGCUACGGAACUGUAUACUACGGCAAACUCAGCGACGGGAGAGAAGUGGCGGUGAAGCGGCUACACGAGCACAACUACAGAAGAAUGGAGCAGUUCAUGAACGAGAUCAAGAUCCUUACAUCGCUGCGGCACAAGAAUCUCGUGUCACUGUACGGAUGCACCUCCGCCUCCAGCAAGGAGCUACUACUCGUCUACGAGUACGUCGCCAACGGCACAGUCUCCGACCAUCUCCACGGCGGCAGAUCGCCGCUGACAUGGCCCGACCGGAUGAGGAUCGCCCUAGAAACGGCCGGAGCCCUGGCCUUCCUCCACAAGUCCGACAUCAUCCACCGUGACGUCAAGACCAGCAACAUCCUCCUCGACGCCAACCUGUCGGUCAAACUCGGGGAUUUCGGGAUCUCAAGGCUGUCCUCCGUGGACGCCACGCAUGUGUCCACGGCCCCGCAGGGGACGCCGGGGUACGUGGAUCCCAGCUAUCAGAGGAGCUACCAUCUGAGUAGCAAGAGCGAUGUUUAUAGUUUUGGAGUGGUUCUGGUCGAGCUGGUGUCGUCGCGGCCUGCUGUGGAUAUAAGUAGGAGGAGUGAUGAGAUUAAUUUGGCGAGCAUGGCUGUGAUCCAGAUUGAGAGAGGUGCGUUUGUGGAGCUGGUUGAUGAGUUUCUUGGAUUUGGGAGUGAUGGGGAGAUUGCGAGGAUGAUUAUGGCGGUGGCGGAGCUGGCGUUGAGGUGCCUGCAUGUGGAGAAGGAGAUGAGGCCGUGCAUGGAUGAGGUUUUGAGUGUUUUGAAUGACAUUUGUGAAGGCCAUUACCAAUUUCGAGAUGAGAUUCUCUCUUCAUCUCUACAGUUUGAAAGUGAAUAAAGUUUAUACUACUACUACUACUAUAUAUGAUUCUU